CGUAACCAUUCCCUCCCAACGAACACCUGCUCUGCUCUCGCCUCUCGCCGUCCCAAUCCCCUCCGAAAAUGCAGCGAUCCGGUCGUCAGCAGUUGCCGCGCCGGGCCCCGGCAGCGAUGGACCUAUUCCCCGACGGAGCCUUCGUGCGGCUACAGAACCGCGUUCAGCAGAAGUACCUCUACGCCGACGACGACGGGGAGGGGGUCUCCGUUCGCCCGUACGGCCACGUCUUCUCCCUGAACGCGGUGUGGCGGGUGCACCGCGUCCUGGUCGCCGGGAACAACAUCGUCCUCCUCCAGGGCGUCGCCUACGGCCGCUACCUCGCGAUCUCGCCCGGCAUGGCGCCGCCCGGCUACCGCGGCCGCCGCGCCGUCCAGCGAGACUACGCGGGGGACAACGUGGGCGCCCUCAUGUGGAACCCCUUGCGGAUAGUCGACGGCGAGAGAUACGUCCGCCUGCGCAACGAGUUCAACCGCAACCUCCUCCGCGCCAACGGCAGGUACCGCACCUGGCACACCGCCGUCACCGCGGAUAUCGACGACUACGGCAGGUUGAGCACGAUGAUGCAGUGGACGGUCCACAGAUUCCAAGUGGUACCGGGGCUACCACCCCUUCCACGUCCGACUGUGUAUCUUGGAGGUCGCCGUGGCCUGUUCGGGCGGCGCAUGCCCGAGGCGGAUGAACGGCGGACGAUCCGGCACGUGCGGGCGAACAACGAAGGGGACUUCGACCAGGACUCUAACAACUGGCCCACAUUCAAUUUCUUCGGCCGGUCCGUGUUCAACCUGAGGAUCCAGGUGGGGAUGCGUCAGCCCGGCGGGGAAGUCUGGGCCAUCACAAUGGCCGUGCGGCCCGGCUCGCAAGGGCGGCUAACCCCUCUGGUCACCGACCUGCCUAACAGCGUAGAUAACAUGGACAUCGUUGUCUUCGACACCGGAUCACAAGGUGCUCAGAAUUUAGUGUACCCAGCUAUAUGAUGCAGCGUAGAGGACUACGAGAGCAGAAAUUCUGACAACUUUGUAAAUCAUCUACUCGGCAAUCAAAAGCGUUUAAGCAUUGGCGUUCCCGAGACAGUGACAAGAGAAUUGGCUGUCGCCUUUUGUUAAGGCAGUUUCCGAAAAUCGAGCGACUCUUUUGUAAUGGUGGUUAGAUUUGAUGCGUUCUACUGAUCGGAAGUACUUUGAAUUGACCCUCUCAAGUUGAGAACCUGAAAACUGACGAAAA